AUGAAUGCAUUUGAUUAUACAUUACCUGUUUGUAAUGAUUCUCCAUGUUAUUUGGAUGAUUUUAUUCUUGGUAUAUGGGAUUCUAUUGUGAAUAGUAUUUUACCAACAUUUAUCAUAUGUAUUUCUAGCAUCACUAUCAUUAUUCGUGUUAAUUAUCAAAAACGACGUGUUGUUCGUCGACGUAAUCAAUGGCGUCGACAACGUAAAAUGGCAAUUCAAUUAAUUUCUAGUUCUCUUCUAUAUCUUAUUCCUAAUAUUCCAUUGAGUCUUUUGAUUUUGGCUCAUCUUUGUGGUCUACCAGAGAGCGUAGGAGUUGAAGUUCAACUGUACUUCGAUUUUUUAUGUUAUUUUGUAAUACUUCUGUAUCCUGUCGUAUGUCUUGGUUUUUUAUCUAAGCUACGAAAGAAAAUGCGAUGGAGAAGAUUUUUUUCGUUACAAAGACCACAACAAAAUGCUGUUGUCAGACCUCAAUAA